AUGGAAAACAGAGAGACUACUGAAUCACAGUGGGAAGCUUUCAAUCAGCGUCUUAGACAUGAAAUUGAGAACAAACAGUUCUUUUUAAAGCAGGCGCAGGCCGCUGUUCAAAAGUUAAGUAAAACUUCUGAUGUCGAUGAUCUUCAUAACAAUCGCGUCGCCUGGGCAUCGCUUUUAGACACUCAGCUGUUUAUUCCGGACCGAUCUGACCCUCUUGGUGUUGUUCUGGCUUUAAACAGGGAGCAGCGUACAUCUAAUAGUGAUGUUGGAUCUGUUUUGGGUGGGACAAUUGAACAACUGCAAAUUAUGGUGCAUGACCAGGAAGCUUUGAAUGACGAUAUGAGCAAAUUGAAUUCUUUUUUAACAAAAAGAAUAAAGGAUAAUGCUGCUAACAAGGACAUAGAAUCCCAUCAUCCUGAACCUAGGGUAAGUGUUGCUGAGAUUUUCGAGAACUUUGUGGGGGAAUUUCUGGUCCCUGAUAUAUCAACGUCCCAGGAUCGCUGGCAUGAGGUGAAGGAUAACGUGUUAAGCCUGGUGUAUAGGUUACUUGAAAAGGAUCAAGAUUUGAGAUUGAGUGACUUCAAUCCUUUCUGUAUGGCAUUGUACCGUUUAUUAUCGAAAGCGCAUAUGUUACAAGAGAUACCCGGGGCAGAUAUACCUGAUAAUCCAUAUAUACGAUUAUAUACAACAAUGUGA